CAUCUAUUACAUGAAGUUCUAUGGCGAAUCAUAGCGGACAAAAUGCACAUAUAGAAAUGCAAACGAGACACAAGAAAAGAUGGAACAAUUCAUAAACUUUCGUAGGCUAGUUUUGCAAUAACAAUUCCAUUCGAGCAUUGAAAUCAUUGGAUCUUUCCUGUUAGAUCCCGUAACAUCGAGCAUACAUUGAACAACCAGUAAUUGCAUUGCUAUACUAAACGGAGACGUUUUGUCAAGAUCGAAUAGUGUGUUUAAACGUGUGUUUGCAUAUGUAAUACAGAACACGUAAAGACAAUUAAACAAUUUAAAAUAAAAUAUAAAUGUAUUUCCUAAAUAAAAAUGGAUAUCGAAACUGAAAAUGUUAUAAAUCUUGUAUUUCCGAACGGCAUACGAGAGAUAUGGAAAGAAAAUCCCGAGUUUUAUCAAUACUUAUCAAAACUUGGUGGUUAUGAUGUUGAUCAACUUUGUAAAGAGCCUGAUCAUUUAGACGAUGAAAAAAAUUCAGUAUUACACACCACACAAGACCUAGUAUUUACAAAUUAUAAAACAUUUGUACAAACUGCAGAAAGCUCCCGGGAAAUAUUUAAACAAUUUAAUCAAACUGAAAGUUGGCUUGACGGACUUGUGCAGAAAAUUCCCAAAUUUGUAGAAAAAUGCCAACUAUUUUGUGAUGCUUCGAAAGAUAUAAAUGCGCAUAGAAGAGUAAACAGUUUAACAUUAACAAGAAAUGCAGAGCUACUUGAAGUUCUUGAAAUGCCUCAAUUAAUGGAAUCAUGUUUAAGGAGUAAUCAAUAUAACGAGGCAUUAGAAUUAUCUCAAUAUGCACGUCAAUUAGGAACUAAACAUGGAGAUAUUCCAAUUAUAUCGUCCAUAGUGGCAGAAAUUGAAAGUAGUUGGUCAGGCAUGGUAGGUCAAGUUGUUGGAUCAUUAAGAGGAGAUUUACCACUUCCAAGAUGCUUACAACUUGUAGGAUUAUUACGGUCAAUGGAUGCUUUUACAGAACCAGAGUUACGUAUUAAAUUUCUUCAAGCACGCGAUAGUUGGCUUCAAAGUCUCUUGAAUGCUAUACCUAAGGAUGAUCCCAAUCUUCAUAUAACAAAAACAAUAGAAUUAUCAAGGAUACAUUUAUUUAAUAUAAUAACACAAUAUAAAGCUAUGUUUCAUGAUGAUGAGUUCAUAAUGCCAGGUCGAGAUCCAUGCGCUAUAUUUUAUCAUUGGCUUGAAGAGAAGAUAUCCCAAUUUUUAACAACAUUAGAACAAGAUUUACCUGGAGUAACGUCUAUAGAUUCCAUUUUGGGUCAGUGUACAUAUUUUGGUUUAUCAUUUGGUAGAGUGGGUGCAGAUUUUACUGGACGAAUGUCUGAUAUAUUUGUUCAUGUAAUCGGUGAAAAGUUUGAAUCCAGCAUCCACAAAACAACAAAGAAAUUUGAAAAAGAUAUGGAAUCAUUUACACUAAUUAAUAAAAUUCAGAGAACUAAUAUAAAAGUAAACGCUGUAAUUAAGUCUGAAAAUCCACCAGAACAGUUAGUGGAAUUUUAUCCUUUAGCCGAAUAUUGUAACGGUCUUAUAUUUGCUUUUAACGAAAUACGACUUUGUCCACCAGUAGCCCUUUCUGUCUUCUGUACAAAUGUUUUACAAGAGUCUUUAUAUUUAGUUGCAAAAGCUAUUUUGAUUUUUUACAAACAAGAGCAACAAGCUUUUGCAGCUGCAGAAAGAGAAAACAUGUUAAAAUUUACAGAAUGUUUAAGUGAACAAUUAAUUCCUUAUGUACAGUAUUGCAUUCAUGUUAUUUUUCCACCAAAUCAAAUUGCAAUUCAUUUAGGUAUUUCAGAGAAUUUACUCCAAACAGAGGGAAUUACAUACUUAAAUAGAGAUAAAAUAUUGGAACCUCUAGCUCCUCUAUUACCAGUUUCAAAAAGUGAAAAAGACAUUGUUACACCUUCAUUAUCUACUUCUAAUAUACAAUCAAUACUACAAAAAUCUUCAAAUGAAAUAUCUUCUGCAUCUGAAAAUACAGGUGGAAAUGUAACUAUUAUACCACUAGAAAAAGGAAAAGUAUCCGAAUCACACAAAUCUGCAGAACAAACAGUUAUAUUUGACGAGAAACAAGGAAAAGACACAAUAUUAACUGAAGAUAAUAAUAUUACAAAUAAUCCAAAUGAUAUUUCAAAACAGGAUAGAUAAUUGUAAAUUUGUAUUGAUUUCACAUGUCAUUGUACACAAAAAAUUGUAAAUAAAAGAGAAUAAUUUUUUAAU